GACAAAAUAAGUUGGCCACUGAAGAAGCCAUCAUUCGUAAAUAUGGGUUGCUCGAGGAACACGCUUUAAGAAAUGGUCACUCAACGGACCAAAUUCAACCCAAGCAGGAGAUGGAUACAUCCAAAUACUGGAGAAAACCGCGUAUAUUACGUUUGAGAAACUCGCUUAAAGAUCAGAAGGAGCAAACUUCCCAUAAAUCAACCCGCUCACCAGUACGAAUCGAGAGUGUGAAUACCAAAUAUUUUGAAACUCCCGAAGGCAAAGCAUUUUUGCAUCAUCAACAGUUGAAUGAUUGCUGUCCGGCUCAGAAAAACAUAGGUUCCAAUGGUAUUCAUUUUCCACAGUCUAGUCAAUCUAUAGAAUUAGAAAACCCCAAGGCAAAUGAGCAGCAGCAUCGACCAGCACCAGCUGCUGAAAGAAUUCGACAUAUCCCUAUUAAACAAACCAGGCCAAUAAAAUUGGCUUGUCUUGUUCCAUCCAUCAAAAAAACUGCAAAUAUCACAACCUUGGCCAAAAAAACAACACCUUCAUUGGAAUGCACUCCGCUUUCAAUUGAUACGCCUUUGACUUCCUCACCCAACAAGGGCCGCAAACUUGCCCUUCCUGUGUCGAUUCGUCGAUCGCAACCAGGAGCUGAACCAAACGUCAAAUAUCUCAAACAAGAACUCGAAGCCAGACGACAAAUUCAGACUUCAUCGACAUCUCUACUCGCUAAAACCAACUCAAACUACGGUCUUGGUGGGUUUGCUAUUCAUCCCUCCAAAUGCAAAUUCAAUAUAGUCUCUUCAGCAGAGAAUGCCGAAAUGGCUUUGACUAUGACGAAUAUUGGCAUUGAUUCGACACGGUUUUUUGUCAGACAGCCCAAAUGUAAAGGAAUCAAGGCUGAUUUCAAACCUGGACCAGUUGCUCCGGGUAUGGCCACACAUAUCUUUGUGCGAGUUCAAAGUGAUUUAGUUGCAACAGGUGCGUUGGCUAACAGUAAGCCGGACAGUAUGAGUAUCAAGAUUACAGAUGAGCUGCAGAUUGUUUCCGAAAGCGAGAUUUUACAUAUUCCAAUUACUGUUGUGAUAAAUUUGACACAAAAGGAUUCAAUGGAUGAACUUGCAGAAUAAUAAUCCAGGAUUUAUACAUGGAAAAUAUCGCUGGGAUUUGACCAAAUAUAUUUGGUAAUAAAUCUUUUAGUAUUC